CAUGUUUUCAGCGCCCUCUGGAUACUGCUUUGAGAAGCGACCAGCCAUCUUCUUCUUCCUCAUUUUCCUCUUGCUGAGGUCUCGCCGAGUUCACUUCCGCUCUUUCUCCGGUGGACUAGGCGUACACCAAAUCUCGUCAAAAUGGCCAAGCGUACCAAGAAGGUUGGAAUCUGUGGUAAAUAUGGUACCCGUUAUGGUGCCUCACUCCGUAAGAUGGUCAAGAAGAUGGAGGUGACCCAGCACUCCAAAUACACUUGCACCUUCUGUGGCAAGGACGCCAUGAAGAGGAGUUGUGUUGGCAUUUGGUCGUGCAAGCGAUGCAAGCGCACAGUUGCCGGAGGCGCCUGGGUUUAUUCCACCACUGCUGCAGCUUCAGUGCGUUCUGCUGUCCGACGAUUGAGGGAUGUUGCCGACCACUAGUAAUAUUAAACUUACUCUUUAAAAAAAAACUAA